AUGCAAUCAUUCAAACUUCACAUAGUAUCAGAGCAUUUAAAAGAUCGAUACCCAUAUUUAGAAGCUGAAUUUAAUGAUAGAUAUGAUAAAACAGAGGUAUAUCACGCAGCAUUUGAUAGAAGUAUACCAAAAUUAAUUGAAAUAUUGUUAAUGCCUGACAUAGAAGCAUUUAAAUAUAGAGAUGCUUUAAUUACUUUAAACGAAAUGGUAUCUCAUUAAGAAAACAAAGAUAUAAUGAUUAGUUCAGGUUUAGUAGCUAUAGCUUCAGCUUUUCUCCACCAUAAAUUAGUAGAAAUAAGAAGAGAAGCAGUACUUUUAAUUGGUUCUUUAGUAACAAUAAUGAGAGGAAGAUAACAUGUUUUGGAUACUACAUAUGAAGGUUUUUAAAAAAUGUUAUUUGAUUAAAAUUUAUAGGCAAGAGAAGCAUGUGCAUGGGCUUUAUGUAGGUUUAUAACAGGAAGAGAUGGUGUAGAUUAAUUAUGUAAAGCAAAAAUAAUAGAACACAUGGUAAAUUCGUUUUUAUAAUAUACUGAAAAUCCAAACAUAAAAGAAGCAAAAUUUAUUGUAUGUAUUUUAGAGGCUUUCUUAAACAUUUUAUAAUAUGAUAAUGGCAUCAUAUUUUUUAUUAGAACUGGAAUAGUCGCUCGUUUAAAUUAAAUAUUAAAAAAUGAAAACAAUAUCUACUAUGACAAAUAAUGGAGUUUGAGAAUAAAUUAUUUAUGUUUGGAUUGUUUGGCUAAAAUAGUUGUUAAUAUGGAGGGAAAACAAGAAGGAAUAGACCUAUAUAUUAUAAAUACUGCUAGUAACUUUUUAGAUUCACAUAUCUAAGAAGAAAGAAAAUAUUCUUCUAUUCUAAUAAUGAAUUGUAGUAUUCAUUUGGAUGGAAAAAAGUAAUGCACUUACGUUAAAAAUGAUGAAAUUAUUAAAAAACUUAUUUCUUUGCUUGAUAGUAAAGAUGAAAAUCUUAGAAUUGAUGUCAAAUAGGCUUUAAAAAAUAUUUCUGAGCUACCUGAUGGAUUUUUAGUCAUUACUAGUAUUUUAGCUCAUAAUUUAAAUUAUUUAAAAGAAGUUUUUUCAGUAUAAAAUGGAGAUAAAAGAGUUUUUGAAUUUUCAGUAAUUACAGCACUUUCUUAAUUAUUGCCAAAAACAUCUGAAUUAGAAAAUCCUCCCAAUCUUCCAUAAGAUAAAAUUACAGAAUACGAAAAAUAUUGUAUCGCUAUUUGCUCUUUUAUUCUUAAUUAUGAUGAGGUAAUAAAUGAUGCAAUUGAAGAAAUUGUUAAACUAGUAGAAAAAUUAGCUAUUGGAUUUUCAUUAACUUUCUUAUUUUAUAAUUGA